CGGGGGGACAGAGAAAGAGAGAGGAGGCGGGGAAUUAGAGGGCUUACAAGCUGGGACAAAACUUUAGUGUGUCUCCCUUAAAAAGCGAAGGCUGAAGUUUUGUGCACCAGUCAUGUGGUUCAGCUGCGUGCUUUAAACCGGCUUUACGGGAAAACAACGACCAUGAAAACAUCCUGACUAGUACCAGGACUGCAGCUCCACAUCUGAUCACACCAUGGCAAACGCCACAGAAGUGUAUUUGUUUGAGCAGGUGCUCGUGUUGUUUUCCUGCGCGCUGUCGUUCGUGGGCUCCUCUCUCAUCAUCCUCACCUUCAUCAUCUGGUCGGAUCUGAGGACAACUCCGAGAAAGCUCCUGGUCUUCCUGUCCAUGUCUGACUGGCUGUCGGCCGUCUCGUACGCCGUCGGGGUCUGGAGUGUUUUCCGCACAAACUCGCUUGGAUGCGUCGCCCAAGGAGCGAUAUCGACUUUCGCCAACACCAGCUCGUUUUUCUGGACGGUGGCCAUCGCCGUUUACCUGUAUAUUUACCUGGUGAGGUCCAACCGGAGAGCCGCCGACAGGCUGGUGCUGCUCUUCCACCUCGUCAGCUGGGGCAUUCCUCUGGCCAUCACUAUUGCAGCCUUGUGCCUAAACAAGAUUGGUUACGAUGAGUCAGAGGUGUCCGUGGGCUGGUGCUGGGUCCAGAUCAACGCUACGGACCACGUCCUGUGGAUGCUGCUGACCGGAAAGAUCUGGGAGUUCUUGGCUUACCUCCUCCUCCCGAUCUUCUACAUCCUGAUCAAGUGUCACAUCCGUUCAGCGCAUGAAGCCCUGUCUGAGUACCGCCCCAUCCUGCCAAACACGCCUCCGUCACACUCCCACUCCUCCGCGGCCGACAUGAAGCUCGUACUCAUUCCCAUCGUCUUCAUCGUCCUGCGUAUUUGGAGCACAGUGCGCUUCGUACUGCUGCUGACUGACUCACCGGCCAGAAAGAACCCGGUGCUGGUCACCCUGCAUGGAAUUGGCAACACCUCACAGGGGGCAGCCAACUGCAUCCUGUUCGUUUUGUUCACUCAGGCGAUCCGCACUCGCCUCUUCACCGCGCUCUGCGGCUGCUCUAAAUGUCGAGCAGGGGCGCAGCGCUCGCACGAGACCCCUCAGAGUCUGCCACCGGAACAGGACGCCACCUAAACCCAGGUGGAGACGGGGGGGGGGAUGGCACCAGCCUGCAAGCCGCACCGACAGCUGACAGCUGAUUCUGAUGACAAUGAGACGAUAGACAAAGGUUGACGAGGAGGGAGCAGUGGAGGUCUCCACGUCGCAUUGAGCCUCAUUACUGCAAGUGCCUGCCGAGGGGGGUGGACAUUCUGCAGGUGCAUGCACAUCUGUGUCACACGCUCGCACUCCGGGUGAUGGGAUGACGCUGCCUGACUGUACUCGAGUGUCUGGUGAAGAAGUCGGCGUACUUUAUAUCACAUUUUAAAUUGCUGCUUCACUUCAGGUUGUUCUUUGUUCACGUUUUCUGUUUUUGUUUUUUAAAAAAGGUACACUCCGUAAAGGACAGCUCAGGUACUGCUCCCACUGGGAAUUUUUUUUUUAUAUAUAUGUAUAUAAAAAGCUGUUUCACUUUAGGUCAUAAAGACUCUGCACAUUCACUGUGAAUUUUCACUAAAUUGUUAAAGAGAUAGCCCAUCCGAAACUUUAUCCUUCGAUAUCUGAUGACACGAGAGGUGGCUGCAAAAAAAAAAAACUAAUGUGUUCAGCUUGAGUUCAAUCAAAGAGUCCUGCAACAUAAUCCGUGGCACCCCUGGCAGGACAGCACAGAAGCAAUGCAUUUCCUCAUAUCUGGUGAAAGAAUGAGUCAUAUGUUGUAAUUUGUCAAGUCACGUAUACAUAGUGUAGAAGAACAGAGCGCUGCUGGUUGACUUAAUGUUUCCUUGGUGGUUUUUUUAUACCCUCCAUUCUCCUCAUUGAGUUCAAGCUGACCGCAGCUACCUUUAUGUUAAUGAAGAAAUUCAGGGUUAUCACUGUUACAUUUUCUGCUAUUUUAAGUUAAGCAUUAAAAUAAUCAUCCAGUUUUC